AUUAUAUGGCUGGAAACUUUUUUAAAGGAACUUCAACAGAUUAGGAUUCUCGAUUUGGGGAUAAGGAGCGUAAACUUAUUAUGAACAAGCAAUGGCCGGAAGUUUUCAAUCGCAAACUUAAUAUGAAAAAUGUAGAAUUUGUGUUUAUUGAGUAGAUUGAUUUAUCAGUGAUAAAGCCUUGGAUUGAAAAGAAAAUGAUAUAGUAUAUUGGAAUAGAAGAUGAAGUAGUUUAGAGAUAAAUAAUUAAUUACUUAGAGCAAUAGAGCGAAGAUAUUAGGGGUCCUGAUCCAAAAGUUCUAAGUAUUCAAAUAAUGGGGUAUUUUGAAAAGAAUACAUUACCAUUUAUGACUGAACUAUGGAAUUUAUUGGUUGAUGCAGAGGGACAGGAUUCAGGAAUUGUAAGAUGAUUAAAUGUUUAUUUUGAGCCAAACCAAUUGUUGGAUAGUAAGAAGUUGGAGUACGAGGAGAAGAAGAAGGAAUUGUAAAGAUUGUUGGAGAGACAAAAGUAACUAUAUCAGGCCAUUGAAUAUGCAGAGAAGUCAAGAAAAAAAACAAAAACUGAACAAUAAUGAAUUUAAAAUAUUGAAAAAGUAUUAAACAUUCUAAAUAUCUAUAAAUGAGUGAGGCUUUGAGAGAC